AUGGAUGCUAGUUGUCUAUUCAAAGCUUUGUUAGCAACCAAUUGGGCUCUAUUCCUAUGGGAUCAAUAUAUUACAUAUCGGCAAUACAAAGUCCAUCGAGAUGCUGAAAAACGUCCUGAAGAGGUGAAAGAAUUGAUAAACGAGGAAGACUACAAGAAGGCCAGAGAUUACAAGAUCGAUAAUCACCAGUUUGGAUUUUUGCAAAGUUGGUUCAACCAACUUCUUCUUACUGCUCAACUCGUCGGUGGAUACUAUCCAUUCCUUUGGUAUGCCACUGAAAAGUAUCCAUUCCACGUGGCUGUCUUCCUUUCUAUCAACUCAAUUAUCGAAACUAUCAUUGAUCUUCCAUGGGAUCUCUACCACACCUUCAUCAUCGAAGAGGCUCAUGGAUUCAACAAACAGACAGUUCCAUUCUACUUUUUGGAUAAACUCAAAAAAAUGCUUGUUGGAUUCGCUCUUACUAUGCCAAUUGUCUAUGGAAUCGAAUGGAUUGUUGUCAACGGAGGACCAUAUUUUUUUGUCUACAUCUGGGUGUUCAUUUCUGUGAUUGUUUUGCUGUUGAUGACGAUUUAUCCAACAUUCAUUGCCCCUCUUUUCGACAGAUAUUUCCCAUUACCAGAUGGUGAUCUCAAGUCUAAAAUUGAGCAACUCGCUGCUUCUCUCAACUAUCCCCUCACGAAGCUCUACGUUGUCAAUGGUUCAAAACGAUCCGCCCAUUCGAACGCCUACAUGUACGGUUUCUGGAAGAACAAGCGCAUCGUUCUCUAUGACACUCUGUUGAGCGGAGCUGAGAAAGAAAAAGUGCACAAACUGUACAUCGAUGCCGGAGAGAAAAUCGAAGAAACUGAGAACGACAAGAAAAGAGGAAUGAGCAAUGAUGAAGUGGUGGCUGUUCUGGGACACGAGCUUGGUCACUGGGCACUUUGGCAUACUCUCAUCAAUCUGGUUAUCACCGAAGUCAACCUAUUCCUCUGUUUCUCCGUAUUCGCUUACUUCUACAAAUGGGAUGCACUUUAUCAGGCAUUCGGAUAUCGUGAUACUCCACCAAUCAUCGGAAUGAUGCUCGUUUUCCAAUUCGUUCUUGCCCUCUACAACCAAUUCGCUCACAUGGGACAAGUAAUUCAUUCUCGUUCCGCAGAAUUCGGCGCCGAUGAAUUCGCUGCUAAACUCGGUCAUGGAGACAAUCUGAUCGGUGCUUUGACUAAACUAGGAGUUGACAACCUCUCGAUGCCAAUCAAUGAUUCUCUCUACUCGUGGUGCGUCCAUACUCAUCCACCAGUCGUCGAACGAGUUGCUGCUGUCAGAGCAUUCCAAGCCAAGAAGCAGUAA